UGUCAUCACAGACCCAAGUCAUCAUGAUCUGAGACCUUGUCCAGUAGACACAAAUACUACUCCCUACAAUCUAUCUCGAUUGAUCGGCCGUCUCAAGACGGGGCAUACUGACGGUUAUGCUCCAAUUAGUGCCGUUGUGCGGAAGAGGUCCCAACGCGUCUCACGUGGCGACGCGUCUGGCGCGUGCGGGCAGAAUGAUGGCUCGAGGUCCGUCCUGAAUUGACCUGUUCGUUUGCAUUUGGUGAUGAUAGUUCUCAUCUGUCAUUGAAUUCCCUUCUCUACACACUUACCCCUUUGUUAACUUUCAAUCUGGGCUUUUUUGUGUCUAUUUUGACACUGUCACCUGGGUGCUGAGCCGCGUUCUCGCCGAGAUCCACUGUCGUCAUCAUCAAAUUCCCAGUGUUCAUCAUUAUUCUGGAAAACGCUUCCUUUGACAUUUCCUAUCCAUUGGUUCUUGUGCGGCCAGAAAAGACUAUUGGACACCCCCAGCUGGAUUUUGUUCAACAUGACCAACCCUGCGGGCCAGAAACGGGACGCUAAUCAUCUAACGACUUCAGCGGCCGAUGCAAAGAAACCCAAGGCCAACGGCAGCAUCACCUCCUUCUUCGGCGCCCCUAAAUCCAAACCCGCCGAUACAAAACCCUCAAGUCCGGCUCUAUCAGGUGCCAAGCAGAAAUGGAUAGCGUCUCUGACACCGGAGCAGAAAGAGCUCCUGCAGCUGGAGAUCGACACAUUGCACGAUAGCUGGCUGGUCCAGCUCAAAGAGGAGCUGGUAUCCCCGGAAUUCCUGAACCUGAAACGCUUUCUCUUAAAUGAAAAGAAAUCAGGAGCCCAGAUCUUCCCGCCCGAGAAUGAAAUCUACUCCUGGUCCCGUCACACGCCCCUACACAACGUCAAGGUGGUCGUCGUCGGGCAGGACCCCUACCACAACCACAACCAGGCUCACGGACUAGCCUUCUCCGUCCGCCCCCCGACGCCCGCCCCGCCAUCGCUAGUCAACAUCUACCGUGGCAUCAAGAUUGACUAUCCCUCCUUCCAGCCACCACCCAACAAAGGCGGCCUUCUCACGCCCUGGGCAGACCGCGGCGUCCUGAUGCUCAAUACCUGCCUGACCGUUCGCGCGCACCAGGCCAACAGCCACGCCAACAAAGGAUGGGAACGGUUCACCCAGAAGGCCAUCGACGCCGUGGCGCGCGUGCGAACCCGCGGCGUCGUCUUCCUCGCCUGGGGCAAACCUGCCGGCAAUCGCGUUGCGGGCGUCAACCGUCAGAAACACUGCGUGUUGCAGUCGGUUCACCCCAGCCCGCUCAGCGCUCAUCGCGGCUUUUUCGAUAACGGACAUUUCAAGAAAACCAACGAGUGGCUGGCAGAACGCUACGGCGCGGAUGGCGUCAUUGAUUGGAGUCUGACGUCUAAAGAAGAAAAGACGGACAUGCCUUCUCCCGACAUCAAAGAUCCCUCGGCCCCAGUCGUGGAAUCCAAACGUUCCGUAGAGAAGACGGAACCACAACCGUCGAAAACACCCACUGUGUCGAAAGCGACGGAGUCGGUCAAGGUCGCCGAUGAAUUCGAAGAGGAUGAUGACGUUUUUCAAGAGGAUCCCGACGUUCUUGAAGCUCUAAUGAUGGAGCCAGCUCUGAGCUAGGAUUCACGCUCACCUUGUCUUAUGUCGAUCAUACUUUCUAGGCAUGGAUGAUAUGUCCCAGCCGUCUUUGUAAUAUAAGGAAGCCCGGAGUUUAAUGGUGCAUUUUGAUACAUUCUGCCGUCGAAGUCAUGCCGCGUACGUAAGGACAACUCUAUCUACUGCGCCUUAAGUCCACUACCCGCUAGGCUCCUGUAUGGGUCUUGACCCUGUGUUAUCAAUUGGUUAUGUCGGGGACAAUAUGUUCACUCAGCGAGCCACAAACUACACAGUAUACAACUGACUACUUCCG